AUGGAAAAUAUGUUAUUCUUGUGGAAAAUAGCCUGCAUAUUAAUUAUUUCACCUUAUGCCUCAGAGGCCGCCAGUCUUGUAUGUUACAAGGGGUCAAUAAGGGAUUUUAAAGAACUGUCUCUCAAGGAAAGUCCACAAUUUGUUGCCAAAGAUUUGUCUGAUGCCUUAGAAGGAAUGAAUUCUCGGGGUUUCAACAUAGAUAGUCUUUACCUAAUAGGACAUUCAGAGGGUGCUCACCUUGCUGGAAAUGUAGGAAAGAAUUUGAAAAAGUCAGGAAUCACCAUUUCGAGAAUCACCGGCCUCGAUCCUGCGAAACCAGCAAUCGAGAACUUUCUGAAAAAGGGAGAUGCUGAUAUGGUGGAUUGUGUGCACACAGAUCCCAAUUCCUUUGGCACUAAUAAAGCUAUCGGCGAUAUCGACUUUUGGGUCAACUAUGGGUGCAAAGUUCAGCCCGGCUGUCAGAAAAAUGCUGUGCCGUUUACUCCCCCAUUUCUCUGCAGUCAUAAACGUGCGUUAAGAUACAUGGCCGAAGCAAUACUGAACUCGAGUCUUCAAGGUAGGAAAGCUGCCACUUACGAAGAAUUUACACAAAGUAGUGACACCCCAGAUCUGAAUAAUGUAAACAUCGUUGGGUCCGACAUCAAACCGAGUGUUACCGGCAACUUCUACUUGUGUACGAAUGCAGAACCGGAAUACGGAAGAGGCCCCGCUGGAAUGAACCCUUCAAGUUGCACAUGUCCCACAACAUAA